GUGUGCGAGAAAUUGUGUAUUAGACUUAAUCGUAUUUAAUGCAAACAAAUUCGGUUAUAAAUAUGGCCAUGUACUGCAUAAUAAUAUUUUCAAUAAAAGAAAUGCACAGGCGCUUGUAAAGCGACCAACGAAAUAGAGUGCAACACAUUUUCAACGUCUGCCGCCGUCUCGUCUCUCGGUCUCGGCCUCGGUUUCGGUCUCUCAUUCGUCGCGAAAACACAGACGAAAGAAAAACGCAAAAGGCAGGCAGCAAAAAUACGCGGGAAGCUACAUUUUUCAUAACUGCAACGCGCAAAAGUUAACAACAAAAACAGCCUCACCAUUGAUCAAUUUCUGCAACUACAAGAGCGCAUACGUAACUUCGAGGGCAUGCUUGGCGGCGGCAGCGGAGAGCGUUUAUGCACACCAAGCACCUCGGCGGGUCCAUUUCGAAUCUUCUCCGUGGCCGGUUUUCAGAAUCGUGCCAAUGACAUUGUCUACUGUCCGCCGAUUGUGCGUCAACAGUCGCAACAUGUCGAGGACUCCACCGCCAUUAUAUACUUCGGUGGCGAUGUGCAGGACUUUCCGGAGAGCAUGGAAACGAAUCGCGACAGUCGAGGGUACAUGAAGUAUAAUCUGGAGAAUUCGGCAAUAUUGCUGCGUGAGGCGUUCCCACGUUCCCACAUCAUUGUCAUACGACCGGUUCGUAUGGAAUUCAAGACCUUUAGCUGCUUCGACAACUUUGUGCGUGGAAACAAUGCCGGCGUGCCAGACCAUACGCCGAUGAACCAUGCGUUGCAACAUUUGGAAAAACUGUUGCAGAACUUGUCGCAACGCUUGAUCUCAAUACCCGAGAACGAGAUACUCGACCAGGCGGCGCAGGCAGCCGCUGCAGCUGCCGCCGUUGCAGCUGCUGCUGCAGCCGCAGCUCUAACGCUCUCCAAUGCGACAGCCAACUCGGACUCAUCGUCGUCAUCGUCUACGGCUAGUGAUAGCAGCCAGGAGAUGGACAUCGAUAUUCUGCAGGUGCAGGAGAAUGUCACAGUCGAUGCAGAUGGCGCUGUUAUAUUUCCCAUAGUCGCUGGCGAAUCAGCGGAAACGGAAACCAAUAAUGCGCACAGUGGGACAAACAAUGCGACGGCGGCUGCUGCAGCAGUAGCAGCAAAUAACAGCAGCAGCAGCAACGAUAUCACCGCCAACAGCAAUGCAAACAAUUCUCAAGAGUCACAGCAGCAGCAGCAACAGCAACAACAACAGCAAUCCUCACAAGCAACAACGCCGCCAACAAACAACGUGGAACACUACAACAGUGGCAACAAUAGCAAUAGCAACAAUGACUGCGCAGGCGUGGCAACAGCAACAUCAGCAACACACACAUCGCCGUCAUUACAACAGCAGCAACAGUCUCGUGUAAUUACCGAUAGCAAUCCGCUGUGGUGGCGCGAAAACCUAAAUCUGGACAAGUCCAAGCUCGUGCUAAUUGGCUUUAGCAAGGGCUGCGUCGUGCUCAAUCAAUUCAUCUACGAGUUCCACUAUCUAAAGACACUAACGCCCGAUGACAGCAGCAUGUGUCGUCUAUUGUCGAGAAUUACAGACAUGUAUUGGCUGGAUGGUGGACAUGGUGGCCAGAAGAACACAUGGAUAACAUCACGCAGCCUGCUGGAAACGCUCACGCGAAUGGGCAUGAACAUACACGUCCAUCUGACGCCGUAUCAAGUGCAGGACGAUCGACGGCCCUGGAUACGCAAGGAGGAGAAAUUAUUUACUGAGAUGUUGCGCCGCCUUAAUGCGCCCAUUACAAGGCACCUUCACUAUGACAACCAACCGGCCAAUUUGAUGACGCAUUUCGAGGUGCUGCAAGCAUUUUGUCAACACGUACACGCUCUCAAUCAGCAGCAGCAGCAGCAUUUGCAACAAGGCAACACACCGCAGCAACAGCAGCAGCAACAAGGCAACAAUGAGCAAUCACAAAUUAUAUCGGCGACUGCAAACAAUGGGGCGGGCAGCAGCAGCAACAACACAAAUCUGGUGGAUGCCAGCGAAGAAUCGUCGAAGUGACAGCUUCAAUUGCAUCCACACCAUCA